AUGAACGAACAACAUAAUAAUAGACGCUGUUUGGUCUGUAAGAGUACUAGAUGGAUUAAUGAUAGCUUGGGUGGGUAUGUAUGUGAAAGAGGACAUAAAGCCGAUAUAGUCAACCUUGCUGAGGAGGAGGUGCAGCAUGUUAAAGGACGCAAAAAACGCAAAGCUUUACGUACAUCUUCACGUCGUAAUGAUGAAAGUAGUCAAGCCUUCUCAGGAGAGAAAGCGUAUUAUUGUUUUCUUUCAGCAUACCAACUUGUCCUGAGAGCAUUCAUUCACUCUAUGAUACACGAUUUGGGCUGCCCGUUAGAAUAUGAAUCUGUAAUGCAACAGCUCUGGCUGUUAUAUAUCAAUAAACUACCUAAACUUACUGCUCCCCGCGAAUGGGUCAGGGAACUGGAAUCACCCGCUGCCGAUUCAGAUAACGAAAACGUCGAUUAUGCCGAGAUGGUUGAAGACAUUGCGUUCAGGAGUGAAUUAGAGGAACGAAUACCAACAUAUGAUAUUCAAAGUACAAAUGAGGCCGAAGAUGAGGAGUACAACGAUGAAACUGACGUGGAGAACGAGCAGAUUCUCUCAACAAGCAGAAUCACGAGUCCUGCGAUGCUGUAUCUGUUGGUUCUAUGCUAUUAUGGUGUAUUAUGGAUGCGUCUUCCCAUUUUAUUUAUAGACAUUCACAGAGCGGCCAACAAUGGCGUGAUACCUUAUUUUAAUGCACGCGCUAUACUGCCUACCGCACUAAAAAACCGUCUUGCCGGCUACAUAAGAAAUGGAUUUAAUCAUGAUUUAAUGCCAGUGGAAUUAUGCUUACGAGUCGUACGAAAGUUUGCAGAAUUCUACAAGAGCAACUAUGGAAUAACAUUCCCCGAGAUCAAUACGCCGCCUUUAAUGUAUCGAUAUAUAAGAGACUUGAUGUUACCUCCUGAAUUAUAUGUUGUUGUCAGAGAGAUAGCGAACGUAACGCAGACGUCUUUUACAAUAAAUCAUGCUAAGGGUACGCCAAUGCCAUGGGAAAUAUUGAUGGCAUUUGUCAUAAUAGCUGCAAAAAUGCUAUAUGGAUUAGAUGGCAAAGAAAGAGUUUUUAAUCAAAACGAUCAAUUCGUCAUUUACAUGCCAUCAAAGCAAGACUGGCUAAAAACUCUGAGCGAAAGGCGAGCCGACAUCUUUAACCAGAAUUUACCAUUCAAUUGGAGGCAAUGGCAAUCGUUCUCUGAGCAUAAUCCAGACAAGUAUGUUGACAUAUGCUCGUCCAAUGUAGUUGGUAAUAAACAGCGAACGCGCCGCAGGUUCCGAUAUAAACAGAACAAUGCAGAUGCGAUUGCCGCCUUCUUUACUCAACAAGAACGACCAAUGAGCGCGUCCACAUCCACAUCUGCGUCCAGUUCAACUUCUCUUCUAAUUGAGCGUAUUCAGAAAUUGUUUCAAUCUGUGAAUAUCGAGUCAGCGGCACUUAAAAUGCGUAACAGCCAAUCCGAAGAUCCGUCUACAUCUUGCAAUCAGCCGUCUAUAGGUCAAGAAUAUACCAUGUAUAGAGACAGAGAGGCGAACCCGUUUCUUACGGCGCCGUCUGAAGAAUAUAAUAGUGAUUAUGAAAAUGUGCUUGGAUUUGCCGCCAAUUAUCUUGGAAUAACCAGUAGUCGGAUGCAGCGAAUAGUGUUUGCGCAAGAAGUAAAACUAAAUGAAAUAAUCUACGAAACAGCAAUCUAG